AUGCCACGCUUUGGGAAUAUUGUUGUGAUUAAAAGGAAUGGGACUGAUGGAAUUACCUUUCCACUCACUGCAAGUUCUUGUUUAUUUGGAAGGAGACCAGAGUGUGACAUUCGCAUCCAGCUGCCUCAGGUCUCAAAAGAGCAUUGUAAAAUUGAAGUAAACGAAAACAAGGAGGCAAUAUUGACUAAUUUAAGUACAGUAAAUCCCACCAAGCUGAAUGGAAGUUGUUUUCAGCAACCUGUACCUCUGAGGCAUGGAGAUGUGCUAACUAUUAUUGAUCGUUGUUUCAGAUUUGAAUAUCCUGUCCAGUCAACUCCAAGAAAGAGGCGUUCCAGAUCUCCAAAAGAUGAGACACUGCAGGUCUGGCCAGAUAAUGCUGAGCGUGAAGAAAACAAAGGCAAUGAAAAUAAACAAAGUACAGAGGAAAGUAUUUCCAAAGCUUUACCUGUCAAACUACAAACACCCAAAUCUUCAUGCAAAAUCCAGCAAUCUACUAAAAUACAAUAUGAAAAGUCUCCUUUUAGUCAGCUGUAUGACAAACUGAAGCAUGACUUUCAAGUGAAAAAAUCUCAACGAGGUGCAAAAGAAGAUGGAAAGAGCGUUGUGCUAGAACCAAGUGCUCAGAUUUUGUCAUCCAGAUGUGGUUGUGCUCUGGGAAGCCUGAUGAAAGAAAAAGAAAUAGGUAGAAGUGAAAAUACUGAAGCAGAGUUUUACGCAAAAGAAGAUGGAAAGAGUGUUGUGCUAGAACAAAUUGCUCAGAUUUUGUCAUCCAGAUGUGGUUGUGCUCUGGGAAGCCUGAUGAAAGAAAAAGAAAUAGGUAGAAGUGAAAAUACUGAAGCAGGUAAAGUAACAGAUGUCAUCAUUUCAGAAUUUAACCGGUUCUCACCUGUGGGAAGUUCUGCCAAGAAGAGUUUUACCAGAACUCCUCGAGUUUCUGUCUCAAGAUAUAUUAGUAAAAUGAAUCACUUGCAAGGACUUAAGGAACUAAGUACAGCAGGGGAAUCUACAGGGACUGAAGAUCCAACCAAACCCAGUGCACAGAAUGGUGGAAAUGCAGCAUUUUCCCUGAGGCAGUGCUCCAUUGAACGCCUGGACUGUCCGGAUAUAGUGAAAAUCUACAGCUCUGCACUAACAGCAGAUAAACCAGGACAAACAACAGACAUAACAAAUGCUUCUGAAGCAGAGAAAUAUGUUCUGUCUGAACCAGCACCCAGAAGGAAGAGUCCUCGUUCUCAUUUUGUAUCACCUUCCAAAGAACCUAGAGGAGUGGCUCCUGGAAAUCCUGAUACUCCAAAAACUGGACAACGUAUGUCAUUCAAACGUAAGUCUUUUUCAGGAGCUUUAGCUGAAGGUCAAAGAGAAGAUGCAGUCUGCAGAAAUGAUGGCCUCCAAGAACCACCUUUGGCAGAAAAAUGCUUAAAACAAAGGCGAAAUAGUACACUGCACACACCAGGAAAGCCUGUAAAAGAAGAUGUGCUGAAAGCAACUUGUGAUCAGGCAAACCUUGCUAACUCAAAAGAUGGACAUCCUGAAACUCCUGCCUCUAACUCCAAGAGUCCCAGAAGAAACAGCAGGCGAAGUAAAGAAUUAGCAAACAAAAGUGUCCUUUCAGAGACACUGGCUUCAGAUGAGGUAACAUCAAAAGUGGCAUCUCCUGCUAGUCAGAAAUCUGGCUCUGGAAGAAAGAGGGGCAGGCCAAGGACCUCUGGACUGCCAGCUGAAAAAACAUUGGAGACAAGUGCUGUUGCAGAGCAUGACAACAAGAGUACAGCCAGAGAAGAGAGUGGAAGUCAUGAGGAGCUGCCCAUAAAGGGGGAUCAUCAGACACAGCAUUUGGAAGAUCCCAGCAUUACAAGACCUCAUAGAUUGUCCUCAAAGAGAAGGUCUUCUGGUAGUGCUACUGAACUGAAAGACAAUGAGACUGUCACAGAAAUUGGUAUUUCUGGCCCACUGGCUGAGGAAGAAUCAGGCAAGAGAAAAAGGGUAUCCCAGAAGAGGAAGAGUGGUGAUUUGCUACUUCAGUCUUCGGGGAAAAGAAAGAGGGUGUCCUUUGGUGGUCACCUGAGUCCAGAACUUUUUGAUAAAAGUUUGCCUCCCAACUCCCCCCUUAAAAAAGGAGCAAUUCCUGCCAGGCUCAGCUUGCCCUAUGGAAACUCACCACGUGCUGUUCUGAAAAAAGUUCAGGGCCUGAAGCACUUUGCAGUCCAGGAACUUUCUGAACAUUUGCAGAAGAAAAAAAUGUCACCAAAAAAAAUAUUAGCCCAGAAGUCCCCAGCUGCCUCAUCUCCCUCCUCUGGGAAGGCAAGACCUGAAUUUCCUUUGGGCUCUCCAGCACCUUUUGCAAAAGGACGUUACUCUGUUGCUCGUAUCACGACCCCAUCUCCAAUUGCAGAAGAGAAGGAGGCUGGUGCAGAUGCUGUGAAUGCAAAGGAGAGAAACAGUGCCCGAGUGAAGACACCCAAAUCUUCUAAUGUUAACCAAGAUGAUAAAACCUUUUCAGUGGCUACACCUGACAAAUUAACCAGAAGUGCACAACUUGCUUUGAAGGCCACUCCCACGAAGAGGAGGAGCGGGGCCGUAGCAGCUAUUAAUGCAAAAAGAAGAAGUGGUGCCUCUAGUGCCAAUUUGCUAGUUGCAAAAUCUUGGGCAGAAGUGGUAAAAUCAGGUGUUGCAAGACCACAGUCAAAGGCUGUUAAAAGAAGUGUCCGAAAAAGAAGACCCCUCAAGAAGACAACUCGGGCACCAAAGACUCCAGAAAAAAAAAUCAAAGGUCACAUCAGUACAGGUCAUGCAGAGUCACCUGAUACAAUAGUUGUAGGUAGAGCUUAUGCCACCAGAGUAAGAACAACUGGACAGGUGCCUAAAGUGGUAAAAAAUCCUGUCUUGAAGUUAAACAGGAAUAUGGAUGAAAGUUUCACAGGAAUGACUGAAAUGUUCCAAACUCCAGAAAAUAAGAGUGGGAAUACGUUCUCUUUGGCCACUGUUGAGAAGACUGAUUCUACACCAACGUGUAAUGCAGUGGAUAUUUCUGAGUUGCAGACUCCUGAGGAAUCUGGAGAGAUGAUGGUGUCACCAUUAAAUAGUUCAGAUGCUGCAGAACAGGAACAAGAUAGUCCAAGCAUUUAUCACUUACUGAGAGAGAACGAGUCUCUCAAGUCUAUGUUUGAUGCAGUAUCCACAAAAACUCCUGAAAAAAGAAAAACUAUGCUGGAAGAAAUUGGUAGUGGGGAUAGUUUGUCAAGAAUUCCAGAAAAAGAAGCAUCUCAAAUGAUGUCAAGAAGAAAAAGGAGGACUUCAAAACAGAAGUUGGAGCCAGCUGAGGUCAUGUCAGGCACUAAGCAGCUUUUAAGGACCCCAGAGCAAAGACCGGAACUGGUAAAGGCCUUAUCAGGCAUCAAGCAGCUCGUGAAGACCCCAAAGCAGAAGCCAGAGCCUGUUGAGGUCCUAUCAGGCAUCAAGCAGCUCAUGAAGACUCCAAAGCAGAAGCCAGAACCUGUUGAGGUCCUAUCAGGCAUCAAGCAGCUCAUGAAGACCCCAAAGCAGAAGCCAGAGCCUGUUGAGGUCCUAUCAGGCAUCAAGCAGCUCAUGAAGACUCCAAAGCAGAAGCCAGAGCCUGUUGAGGUCCUAUCAGGCAUCAAGCAGCUCAUGAAGACCCCAAAGCAGAAGCCAGAGACUGUUGAGGUCCUAUCAGGCAUCAAGCAGCUCAUGAAGACCCCAAAGCAAAAGCCAGAGCCUGUUGAGGUCCUAUCAGGCAUCAAGCAGCUCAUGAAGACCCCAAAGCAGAAGCCAGAGCCUGUUGAGGUCCUGUCAGGCAUCAAGCAGCUCAUGAAGACCCCAAAGCAAAAGCCAGAGCCUGUUGAGGUCCUGUCAGGCACAAAGCAGCUAUUUAGAACCCCACAGCAAGAGCUGGGAGCUGUUACAGAUGAACUUGCCUUUAGAAGACUGCAGAAAACUCCAGUGCAAGAAAAGGAAGCAGUAAAAGAUGUAGCAGGUGUUACUUUCAUCAAGAGAACUCCAAGGGUGAAGUCUCAACCAGUAGAAGACAUGGUUGGGGUCAGCCGUAUUUUCAAGACACCAAAGGAAAAGGUUGAACCCAUAGAAGAUAUGUUUGGUAUUAGUAGACUAGUGAAGACUCCAAGAGAAAAGUAUCAAGCAGUGGAUGAUUUUGUGGGUCUGCAAAGACUCCUGGCAGAACCCAGGCAGAAAUGUUCUGAUUCUGAAGUGGACUAUGGUGGAGUCACAGAGAUGUUUGGUACACCAGAGGAAACAAAGGUCAGAUCAGUAAGUGUUAUGGAUUCUAAGCCAGAAGACAGUGCAUCUCCUUCUACACAUUCCAAUCAAAAACACGAAGACAAAAGAAAUAUCUCACAAGGUGAAGAUUCUCAACAGAAGGAAUCAACCAGUGAAGACCAGUCUACCCAGAGACCGAAAAGGGGCAGAUCAAGGAAGACAGCAGAUCCUACUUCAGCAAAGCAGUGUGAAAAGGAUUUGAAUUUAAAAGAAUUGCAAGAUCUGGGAAAAAAGAGCACCCAAGAGGAGAUGGGAGAAAUCAGUACUUCAACUGCAGUAGCUAAAAACAGAGGGAGAGGAAGGAGAAGAAACUGUUGUAUACAAGAAGAAAUUGAUUCAAAGCACCCUGUUCAGGAAAAAGUAGAAACUGUGUCAGUUGUGGAACCACAUGGAGCUACUCAAAGAUCAGGACAAGGUAAAAGGAAAGAACGGAAGGAGUUAAAAGAUCCAAGUGAGAAUCCUGAGUCCUGUGGGAAAGAUUCUUCAGUGCUACAAAAAGAACCGGAGACAAUGGGACAGAUUUUGCAGGUGUAUGGCAUAUUAGAAACUGAGGGUGAUCCAACCAUGAGGAGAGUAAGUGCAUGCAGGAGUACUCAAACUGAAAAUUGUCAAGUGCAAAUGGGUUUAAAAAGUCCUGAAAACAAAUCUAAUGAAAGUGGUAUAGAAGACAGUGAAGAAAUGUUUCUGUCACCUGCAAAGAAGUCUAGAGGAAUAAAGAAGGUAGAAAACACAGAACUACUGAUUCCACUUAGAAGAGGAAGAAGAGCUAGAAAUGACCAAGUUAAACAAACUGCUUCUGAGCAACUUCACGGGACAAGGAUGCUUCGCAAAGUCCCGUCAGCAAAGAUGAUAAAAAGAGAUGAACAGACUUGUGAACGAGAUACUGAGGCUGCACCAGCAGAAGAAGCUGAAAGCAAAACCAAGCUUGAAAUAAAGAUAACAGAGAAAAGAGUUAAGUCUUUAAGAAGGGCCAGAAAGCACUCAGCUGAUGGAAAAGCUGACACUUGCGGGAUGGUGCUUGAAAACAUACAGAACAUUCAGAAAACAGAGGAAACUUCAGCUGAUACUGAAGCACAGUCAUGCAUCAAAAAAGAGAUUACAGUGUCUCAGGGAGAUGAAACAGGAAAUGCUCAGGAAAAUACAACAGAGGCAUCUCCAAGAUUAAAGACAGAGUCAUGUUCUGGAGACACAAACAAUAUGGCAGUUACUGCUCUUACCUUGGAAGUAAACAGAAGUGCAGUACAAGAAACAAACAGAACUAGAAGGAGGAGAGGGAAAGAAGACUCUCUGGAGAAGAAGACUGAUGAAUUUGCUGAAGAUGUAAGCAACCUAAAAAUAGUUACUCCCAAAACUAAGUCAGAAACAGCAAUGGAUAAAUCUCUCCAAGAUUCUUUGGGCUCUGUUUGUAUCGAGAAUAAGCACCACAUGGCUGCAGCAUCAGUACCUGCUGCCAACAGUGCCAGUCGUGCUCGUAGCCAUCAAAAGCGGACAAGAAAUGAGCGGGGAAUACUUAAACCAGAGCCACCUGGAACUCUGCAGGAGAAUCAAGCAGAAAAUGGUGAAACUUCACAUAGAAGAGGUAGAGGUAGAAAAGUUACUUUUGAACUUGAAGAAGCAAGUUCCAAAACAGUGGGAGGAAAAGGGAGUUCAUCUGCGGAUGACAAUGGAAUGACUUGCAAAGGUGGUCAACAUGAGGCUUCAGAAAAUCCUUCCUCACAAGUAAGGAGGAGCAGAAGAAAGCAAGUUGCUUCCCUACCACAGAUAGAUUGUUCUACCUUUAUGGAAGAACAAACACUGAGUGCAGAUAAUUGUAAAGAUGAGGCUUUUGUAAAAGAGGAAGAUUCAGCUUUGGAAGCUGCUCCCUCUUCAACAGAAGACAAGCCACUGAGGAGAGGCAAAAGACAAGGGGUUGCUGCAGCAUCACAAGCAUCUAGAUCUCUUUCUAUCAGAACAAGGCGUGGGUUGCUAGAAGGUGAUGAUAAAAAGAUGACUGAGAGAGAAGAUCAAAAUUCAGCUUUGGGAAAUAAAGCUUUGCAGGAAAAAGCAAAUGUGUCGGCAAGGGACAAAAGGAAGAAGAUUGAUCUAGCAGCAGAGGCAAAAAGUUCAUCUUCUCUCCAGAGAAAAUGUGGCUUGUCAGAUACUGAUGAUAAAGAGCAGAGAACUAAUGAAGAACAAAACAGGCCUUUGGAAACAAGAGUGAUGACAAUAGAAGGCUACAAAAAGGGAAAAGAAACAAAACUAAAGAAGAACUUGGUGAAGAGGAUGGAAGGGCCACUCAGACUGCUGGAGGGAUGGACAGGAAGACAAGAUCAAGCUCAAGAACAAGUGCAAGAGCAAGAAAAUGAUCUAAACAGUCAGAGACCCAAUUUUUAA